AUGAUCUACUACAGUAAGCGUACUCUAUGGCGUCUUUUGCUCCACUCACAUGGCUCAUCGAUCGCCACAUCGUCUACGAUCAGUCGUGCUGCAGUGAUAGUAGUUUUGUCAACUGCAGUGGUUGCUUUACAGCGUAAGAAACCGACGUUAUUCUUCUCUACUGAAGCUUUGAAUCAGCUGCUGCUCUCUGCGUCGAUCUUCCUGGCAAUUCUCGUGGGUUUAAGACUUUUUGCAGCCUUGCAUCAAUGGCAAAAAGGUGUGGAUGAUGUCAGUACAAUUGCUGAUGCCGCACGCACAUUGAUAGCCACGACCUGUGCUUUUGUGCACUUUUCACGCAAAGGUGUGGCCGAUCGUGCUCAGAUUCGCAACAAAUGUCAAUUCCUUCGAGACGUCAAGCGUUACAUUUUGUUGUAUGUUACACUAGUGUUUCAUGAUUGUAAUGAAAGUGACGGACCAUUGGAAUUGCGUGCGUUAUUGACACCAAAAGAAGCGGAUGAGCUUUCGAGCACAGAAGUUUUCACACUAGGAGAACAGACAUGGAAUCGAGAAUGCAAUGUAGUCGGAUCACCAAAUAAACUGCGAGCAGCCAUUGUAGAACUUUGGUUGCGUCGUACGAUUAAUCGAGCAAGAAGGAAAAGCUACGUGACAAUGGAGCAAGCCAUGCAACUUGACAAGAUUGUGUCGACUUUACCGCAAAUGUACACGAGGAUUUUCAAUCUGUCUAAUGUACCAAUUGCUUUCAAUUUGGCACAAUGUCUCUAUGUGUGUUUUGUUGGCUUUUUGCUCCUGAUGGCAGCCACAUUGGCUCCAGAAAUGGGAUUUAUGACAACAUUUUACGUGGGAAUUGCUGCAGUACUGCUGUUUGCGCUAGAUAACGUCGCUUCGUCUAUCGAGUGUCCAUUUGGUACGGGUGCUAAUGAUGUGGAUCUAGAAGCGCGUAUCUUGUGUAUUCAAGACGAGCUCAAGGUUAUUCUGCAAGCGCAUUUCCACUCGGUCGACCACGUAAAUUCGUUCAAAGAACAGGAUCGCAUGGCGUCAUUGUCAUCACUUCUCUCGGUCGACGUCGAGACGACAAGUCGUGGGCGUACACGUCACGAGUCGGUGUCAUCGUCAUACUCGUCAAAGGAACGUUCGUCUCAGUACGCUGCACCAUCUUCAACAUCGGCCACCGAUCGAGCUGUGUUGCUGUCAAUCCAACCCGAUGCGUACGGCGCUAUCGCAGAGGAUGACGAUGAAUUGGCAAUGCACGGAUCGGAUGAUCACGCGCACAUCGCUGUUUAG